UAGAAAGUUAGUAAAGUGAUGAGGAAAACGUUUUUCUGCAUUAUGAUAAUAACAUCUUUGGUCAUUAGCGGUUAAAAUUAUAACGAUCAACUAUUAAAAGUUCAUUCUAUUAUUAUCAUCUUCUUAAACCUGAUAAGAGUUUUGGGGAAUCUUUUGUUAAUUUCGAGAUCUUGCGUAGUAACACAUUAACAGAAGUUUUUGCUAAGAUCAACUAAACAUGGCUAAAAGAACAGCAGCAAGUGAAUUAACAGAUAGGAACUGGGAUCAAGAAGAUGAGCCAGAAGAGGUUGGUGUGUUUGCUCAGGCUACUACUGACAUUCUUAAGAAUAGACCAAUGAAGAAAGCUAAGAGAAGGACUCAAAAUGAAUCAACUGGAACAAGUUCAUUUUCAGCUUUCGGGGGAUUUGCAGGCUUAGCUGCUAAAAAACCAACACCAACUGUUGCUGGAAGCUCAAUUGCUGCCACAGAGAAAGUGGAAAACCCAUCUAAUGGAUUUACAGACACUGUAAAAACAGCUAGCACUAAUAAAAACACUUCUUAUUAUCAUUCUUUGAAGAGUCUGAAUAAAUCAGUGUUGGAAUGGAUUAAAAAACAUAUAGAACGUGACCCUUAUUGUAUAUUGACUCCUAUAUUUACUGAUUAUUCUAAGCACUUAGAAGAUAUUAAAAAAAAUAAUAAUAAUGAGGAGAAAUCAGACAGUUUAAAAGAAAACAGUAAUGACAGUGAUCCCGAAAUUGUCUUCAAUAUCAAGAAAGGAAAGUCGUUAUCACCAGUUAAAGAGAAAGUUCCUUCUUCAAGUAUAUUUAGUAAUACUGGUACAGCUGGUCUUAGUUUUGCCUCAACAACUUCUACUUCUAGUGCUGCUAAUGUAAUUCAAUCUUCCACAACAACAACUAAUACAUCUGGUUUUACAUUUACACCAUCAACUACUUCAUUUGGUGGCUUUGGUACUUCAGCAUUUACUUCAGCUACUAAUAAACCAACAGACAACCAAGAAGGUGAAGAAGAAUAUGAGCCACCAAAGCCUGAGACUAGAGAGAUCAAUGAAGAAGGUGCAGUUUAUUCUAAAAGAUGUAAAAUAUUCUACCAGAAAGAUGGUAAGUGGAAAGAUCGUGGUGUUGGUAAUCUACAUCUGAAACCUGAUGAAGAGGGGAAAACACAAUUAAUAAUCAGAGCUGACACAACUCUAGGUAAUAUCUUACUGAAUAUAAUGUUGUCAUCAGUGAUACCAACCAAGAAACAAGGUAAAAACAAUGUUUGGAUGUUAUGUGUACCUAAUCCACCAGUUGAUGUGAAAGAUGAUAGUGGUAAACCUGUACCAAUGCUAUUACGUGUGAAAACUAGUGAAGAUGCUGAUGAACUCUUAGACAAAUUGGAAGAAUUUAAAAAAUGA